AUGCUCGCCCUCACCGCCCUCCUCGGCCUUCUGGCCCUCCUCACCACCUCCGUCUCCGCCACCGCCCUGACUUACAAAUUCGUGCCCAACGAGAAAGAAUGCUUCUAUGCCUACGUCGAUAAGCAGGGCGCAAAAGUGGCCUUUUACUUCGCCGUGCAGAGUGGGGGGUCCUUUGACAUUGACUACUCCGUCUACGGUCCUACCUCCGAACCCAACAAAGACCGCGUCGUCCUCGAAGGCCAAAAAGAACGCCAGGGCGACUUCGUCUUCACCGCCAACAAUGUCGGCGAGUACCGCUUCUGCUUCGACAACACCAUGUCCACUUUGACCGACAAGUUGGUGGACUUCGAGAUCGCAGUCGAAAACGAACCCCGGCCCCUCCUCCCCACCCGCGCCGGCGCCACUCCCGAACAACUGAGCGGAGUCGAAGAAACGAUCCUCAAGCUCUCCGGCCAAAUCUCCACCCUUACCCGGCAGCAGAAGUACUUUCGCACGCGGGAGAAUCGGAACUUCAGUACUGUACGAAGCACGGAAAAGAGAAUCUUCAACUUCAGUCUGAUGGAGGUGGGCUUGAUGGUGGCCAUGGCGGGGCUGCAGGUGUUUAUCGUGCGGCAGUUCUUCACUGGUGGACGGAAAGGAUAUGUAUGA